UUCGCGCCGCCGGGAUCGCCGCCGGAGCUCGCCCGUCGCCCCUGCCGUUGCGCGGACCUCGGCCUCAGCGGGCCCGGCGGCGCGGCGGUGACAGACGGAUUAGCCGACGGUCCCCAGUCCGGGAGUAGCCCGCCCACAGGCUGUGGCGUGCGCGUCCGCACGGCCCGGGGCCGGGACAGGUGCCGCGCGGCACCGCUCGGGCAUCGCCUUGAGGUCGCGGGCGACGCCCGCCCGUCCCGCCGGCCGCCCAGCCCAGCCCGCCGCCCACCGUCGGGGCGUCCCGGGAGCCGAUGCGCGCCCGCUGAGCCCGGCCGGCCGCCAUGGCCGCGCGCCCCGGCCCGCUCUGGCUCCUGGGCCUGGCGCUGUGCGCGCUGGGCGGCUGUGGCCCCGGCCCGCGCCCCCCGCCCGGCUGUCCCCAGCGUCGUCUGGGCGCGCGCGAGCGCCGCGACAUGCAGCGCGAGAUCCUGGCGGUGUUCGGGCUGUCCGGGCGGCCCCGGCCCCGCGCGCCGCCCGCCGCCGCACGCCUGCCCGCGUCCGCGCCGCUCUUCAUGCUGGACCUCUACCACGCCAUGGCCGGCGACGACGACGAGGACGGCGGGCCCCCGGAGGGGCGCCUGAGCCGCGCAGACCUGGUCAUGAGCUUCGUCAACAUGGUGGAGCGAGACCGAGCCCUGGGCCACCAGGAGCCCCACUGGAAGGAGUUCCGCUUUGACCUGACCCAGAUCCCGGCGGGGGAGGCGGUCACAGCCGCGGAGUUCCGGAUUUACAAGGUGCCCAGCACCCGCCCACUCAACAGGACCCUCCACGUCAGCAUGUUCCAGGUGGUCCAGGAGCAAUCCAACAGGGAGUCUGACUUGUUCUUUUUGGAUCUUCAGACGCUCCGAGCUGGGGACGAGGGCUGGCUGGUGCUGGAUGUCACAGCAGCCAGUGACCGCUGGCUGCUGCACCGUAACCAGGAUCUGGGACUCCGCCUCUAUGUGGAAACCGAGGAUGGGCACAGCGUGGAUCCUGGCCUGGCCGGUCUGCUGGGGCGACGGGCACCACGCGCCAGACAGCCUUUCAUGGUCACUUUCUUCAGGGCCAGCGCGAGCCCCGUCCGCGCCCCUCGGGCAGUGAGGCCACUGAAGAGGAGGCAGCCGAAAAGAACCAACGAGCUGCCGCACCCCAACAGACUCCCGGGGAUCUUCGAUGACGUCCACGGCUCCGGCGGCCGGCAGGUUUGCCGUCGGCACGAGCUCUACGUCAGCUUCCAGGACCUCGGCUGGCUGGACUGGGUCAUCGCCCCCCAAGGCUACUCGGCCUAUUACUGCGAGGGGGAGUGCUCCUUCCCUCUGGACUCCUGCAUGAACGCCACCAACCACGCCAUCCUGCAGUCCCUGGUGCACCUGAUGAAGCCGGACGCAGUCCCCAAGGCGUGCUGUGCGCCCACCAAGCUGAGCGCCACCUCUGUGCUCUACUAUGACAGCAGCAACAACGUCAUCCUGCGCAAGCACCGCAACAUGGUGGUCAAGGCCUGCGGCUGCCACUGAGGCCCUUGCCCACCCAGCCCUGCUACAGCCGCCCCUUCCCAUCCGGGUCAGGUCCUGCCCCAGGAGCAGGAAACCUCAGCCGCCUCCCCUGGGCAGGCUGUCUCCCUGCCCAGCCCUUUGGUGGCCCGAUACACACAGCAGCCUCGGAGCUGGACAGUGUGCUGGCCGCACCGUCUGGGGUCAGCACAGAAGUCCCAUCUUGGGACCUGUCUGUGGCCAUCCCUGGCCCAGAGUGGCCAAGCCUGGCUGGUCUGAGGUUGGCUGACUUGGGCUUUGCACCAUUCACCAUAGGGUGUGAGUGUGGGCAGGAGGGCCCUGCCCCUUCCCAGGUGCAACAUGGCAUUUCUGGGGCAUAAUUAGACGGGCACAUGUCCACAGCACAGUGUAUUAUUGGAUCCCUUGAACUUGGCUCGAGGGCAUAGUUUUAGCACAUUAAAAAAGAACAAGUUGAAUGGGA